AUGGUUCUUUCAGCUCCACUCGCACUUGUGGCGUUGACAGUCGCCACGAACUUCGUCUCGGGCACCACGACGGCGCAAACCCAGCUGGUCACCUACCUCAAGAGGGGUUCGAAUCUGACCCGGGCCGAGUUCUGGGACUACUGGCAGACACAGCACGCACCAAAAGUGGCCCCUCUAGCUGCACAUCUUGGUAUCACCCGUUACCAACAGAUAUUGCGUCUCGUCGGAGCUAAGCCGAAGCAGAUUCAAGUAAGCGGACAAAUCUUGCCAACCUUGGUCGGGCAAGAUGCACCGUCUUCAAACGUGCCCGUCGAGUUUGAUGGUAUUGCCAUGCUGCUGUAUCCGUCGGUUGAGGUCAUCCAUGCGUUUGUCACCCACCCGUAUUACGUCGAUGUGGUUGAACCGGACGAACACAGCUUUAUGGACAAGUCUGCGUUCGGGGCGGGAAUGGUUGCGACGUUCAGAGGAUCCCAUGUCGAGGUGGUUGAUGACAACAAGUAUGUCUGGGCCGGUGAUCAGGCGACGCGGCAUAAAUACCAGGAGCUUUUCGAGACGUACCUGUAG